UGUUAUGUGUGAUUCAAUUAUAGAUGGAAACUAAUGAUGGUCGACAACAAUGGACGGAUGAGGCUGUUAAAUGCUUAUUAGAAACAUGUCUUGAAGAAAUAGGGAGGAUAGGUAGAAAUGGACAAAGCUUGUGCAGGGAGUCUUGGGUUAUAGUAGGGAAGAAACUCAAGGAACAAUUUCACAUGGAUUUGACUCAAAAGCAAAUUAGAAAUGCUUUUAAUACUAUGAAAUCAAAAUAUAUAGGAUGGUGCUAUUUGAGAAACAAGACUGGGAAUCUAUACAACCCAGAAACAAAUAUGUUCACUUUAACGCCUCAGGAAUGGGAAGAUUUUAAGAAGGGUCACCCGAGGGCAAUGUCAUUAAAAACACGCCCGUUGCCUCAUCUUGACCUUCACAUAGUUGUGUUUGAAGGGCUUAGUGCUACAGGUGGUAAUCAAUGGACAUCUACUCAAACAUCUGGAGUUUCAUCAUCCCCACAUGUCCAAACACUUCAGAUACAAGAUGGUAGCUUUCAUAAUCUAGAAAAUGAUGAUGGAGACUCUCAUGAACAAAGUUUUCAAAAUGGUGAUGAAGUUCCUACCAAUAACAAGGCUCAAACAUCUAAUGAUAAUGAAACUAGGCCCAACAAAAAGGCUAAAACCUCUAAGACCACCAUUACCCUAGAUGAUUUGGCUAAAGAUAUGCAACAAGCACUCAAGCAUAUUGUGAAAAGCAUGAAGGACCAUCAACUGACGAAUGCUAUGAGAAGUUGAAAUUAGUUGGGUUAGAGCCUAUAGAUCCCUUGUUUUUGGCAGCAUUUAACAUUUUUGGU